AUGUGGACGGCAUCAUGUGCCCCUAACGCUGUGUCUAGAAGGGCUUUUUCAACAUUUCGGGUGCUGAAACAUGACAAUCCCCUAGGCCUUCCACGCUCUGGGACACCUCCAUCCUUUCCUCGCCGCCGUGGACUACCUGAAAAGCGCAAGAUUCGAGAUGUCAAGAAAGUGGUUGCGGUUUCGUCAGCGAAGGGUGGCGUUGGCAAAUCAACCGUUGCUGGUGGGUUGAUAGCACUUUCUGCCCCUAUCUGUUUCUUAUUUGCUUUCAAUGCGUUGCGUGUCAGUGUUUCACUGUGCUUUCCGAUCAAAGCUAAACUGGUCGCCGAAUAUACAGUAAACCUCGCCCUCUCCUUUGCUCGACGAGGCAUCAAGGCCGGGAUUCUGGACACCGAUAUCUUUGGCCCAUCUAUUCCAACUUUACUCAACCUUUCUGGCGAGCCUCGACUCGAUGAAAACAACUGCCUUGUCCCUCUCACUAAUUACGGUCUCAAGUCUAUGUCCAUGGGAUACUUACUACCACAGACCCAGGCAGAUACCACUACAGGCGAAGUCCCAAUGGACACAACUCCCAUUUCGUGGCGCGGUCUAAUGGUGACCAAAGCAAUGCACCAACUCCUCCACUCAGUAUCAUGGGGACCCUUGGAUGUGCUCAUCUUGGAUCUUCCCCCGGGCACUGGUGAUGUGCAAUUGACUAUCAACCAAGAGAUCAUCAUCGACGGCUCAGUGAUUGUGACAACACCCCAAGAUAUUGCCCUGCGCGAUGCUGUGCGCGGCAUUGGCAUGUUCCAACGAAUGGAUGUCCCCGUCCUCGGCAUGGUCCGGAACAUGGCUUACUUCGCCUGUCCCAACUGCGGACAUCAGACUCGAAUCUUCUCUCACGGUGAUAGUGACCACUCAUGCGGCGAGGACCGUGGUGUCUUAGCGCAGUGUAAGCGGCUGGGUGUCGAUUUUCUGGGGGUAUUCCUCUCGAUGCGCAAGUGUGCGAAGACGCUGACCGUG